GCUACCCGUUUGCCUCCACCACACUCAACUCUGAUCCCCCUUUUUCGAAUCUCCUCUUCGUCUUUUUUCCAUCGACAAAAAUUAGGUUUUGAAUCUUGCAAACAGAUCGAAGUCUCAAAUCUAUCGAUUUGUUGCUACAGAUCGUCGUCGGAUUCUUAGAAAUUGGAUUAUUGGUAGAUCGAAGCAACGGACAUGGCCGGCGCCGAAGAUUUCUUCAUAGGAGCCGUCGACCAGGGCACCGCUAGCACUCGCUUCAUCAUCUAUGACCGUCACGCCAAGCCCGUGGCCAGCCACCAAAUGGAGUUCACCCAGUUCUACCCCGAAACCGGAUGGGUGGAGCAGGACCCGCUGGAGAUCUUGCAGAGCGUGCGGGUGUGCAUGGAGAAGGCGCUUGAGAAGGCCACGGCAGCCGGUCACGACGUCGGCGCCGGCCUCCGCGCCGUCGGCAUCACUAACCAGCGGGAGACCACGGUGGUGUGGAGCCGCUCCACCGGACAUCCCCUUUUCAAUGCUGUCGUGUGGAUGGACGGCCGUACCAACGACAUAUGCCACCGCCUCAUCACCCAGCUCCCCGGCGGCCGCAACCACUUCGCCCCCUCCUGCGGCCUCCCCAUCAACGCCUGCUUAAGCGCCCUCAAGAUCAUCUGGCUCCUCGAGAACGUGGACACCGUUAGGGAUGCUGUCGACUCCGGCGAUGCCAUGUUCGGUACGAUCGAUACUUGGUUGAUUUGGAAUCUCACCGGCGGAUGCAGCGGAGGCCUCCACGUCACCGACUGCUCCAACGCGGCGCGGACCAUGAUGAUGAACCUCCAUACUCUAGAAUGGGACGCCCCCGCGCUCGACGCCCUAGGCAUCCCCAUCAGCAUACUCCCUAAAAUCAUCAGCAACUCGGAGACCGUCGGCGUUAUUGCUGACGACUGGCCUCUUGCUAACACCCCCAUCUCCGGUUGCCUCGCAGACCAGCACGCCGCGAUGCUGGGCCAACUGUGCCAAAACGGCGAGGCUAAGUGCACCUACGGCACCGGUGCCUCCAUCCUUCUCAACACCGGCGAGCAGAUUGUGAAAUCCACGCACGGCCUCCUCACCACCGUUGCCUACAAGCUGGGUCCCGAAGCCGCCACCGACUACGCCCUGGAGGGCUCUAUAGGCAUCGCCGGCGCAGCCGUGCAGUGGCUAAGAGACGCGCUGGGGGUCAUUCGGACAGCGGCGGAGGUCGAGGCGAUUGCGGAGCUCGUGGAGAACUCUGGAGGCGUGUACUUCGUGCCGGCGUUCAACGGGCUGUUGGCGCCGUGGUGGCGCGACGACGCGCGCGGGGCGUUCGUCGGAAUCACCAGGUUCACCAACAGAGGCCACAUAGCACGGGCAGUGCUUGAAGGCAUAUGUUUUCGGGUGAACGAUGUGCUCACUUCGAUGCACAAGGAUGCAGAAGACUAUGGCUACAGUGAGUUCAAGACAAAAGACGGUAAAUUGUUGCUUCGCGUCGAUGGCAGCGCCACCUUGAACAAUCUGUUGAUGCAAAUCCAGGCUGAUCUUUCCGGUAGCCCAGUUGUCCGAUCUGCAGAUAUCGAAACUUCAGCACUCGGAGCCGCGUAUGCAGCUGGACUAGCUAUCGGUGUGUGGACUAAAGAGCAGAUAUUUGCCUCUAGACGUGAAAAGAAGGUGACAAUCUUUAGCCCGAAACUAUCCGAAGAGAACAGAGAGAAGAGGAAUGAAUCAUGGCACAAGGCUGUGUCUAGAACUUUUGAUUUGGCUGAUCUCUAUUCUGAAUAAAUUAUCAUCAGAAUCAUAGUUCCAUUUAGUUGUUGAUCUAUGAACAUGAGGCUUCUGCAAAUUUUGGUUCUUGGAGAAUCUGAUACAUUAGGAACAAGUCUUUUGUUUUUAUUUACUUUGGAGAAAAAAAUAAUGCAACAUCAAUUCAAUUUUCUUUUCCUGGGAAGUGAGAAACAGUAUUGAGGUUGUUCUUGAAGUGAGUAAGUAAGAUACUAGUUUGGUAUU